AUGAAGCCUGAAGGGUCAGCUGACUUUUCAGCAGGCCUCAAUGAUGUCAAGGGCUAUAGCUAGGGUCCCAGUGUAGGUUUGGUCCUUCACAAGCUAUGUGAGUUAAAACUGCUGUCUCCCUUUUCUUUGCUCCUCUUAUCUCUCUUUUAAUAUCUCUUUUCCACAUUCAAAGUUUGGGAAUGAUGUUUUGAAAAAGUGGUAUCCCUUCUGUCCAUCAACCUCAUCUGUUAUUCGUACAGUCUCUCCAGAUGGUGCCGGGUGUGGAGCUGGGCAGCAGUGGCAGAGGGUGUAGAUAUGGGGCCACGGUGAGUACAGAGUGCAGACACAGGUGUACCUAACGUGUCAGAUAAUUUAUGUGUGUACUGUUCCAACCUCUCUUAACACACAUGCACAUAUUGCCAUCAGCUGGCCUCUUGCUCACAACCCUGUGUGAGGAGGGAGUGUGAGCAGAAACCAGCAGCCAGGGAAGGUGUGUGUGCGCGAGUGUGCGUGUGUGUGUGUGUGUGUGUGUGUGUGUGUGUGUGUGUGUGUGUGUGUGUGUGUGUGUGUGUGUGUGUGUGUGUGUGUGCAAGUGCGUGUGUGUGUAGGGAGGGCAGUUGAGGUUGGGUCAUGGAGGUGGGGGUAAAGAGACAGCUUGAAAAGGAAAAAGGCAACACAGGGGACCCCUUCUGUCGCCAUAGCUGUGGCCAGACACGUUUCUGUGACACACAAAUGCUAAGACAGACGCACACACACAUAAAACAACCUAGUCUUAGUCAUCUCUUGGUCCUGCUUUGAGUCAAAGAACAACCAAAAAUAACCAACUUUAUGUAUGUAAAUUUGAGUCAAACGUAAGUCAUAGACAUCACAAAAUGAAGGGGUCCCAUGUGUUUGAUAAGAUUUUAUCCUGCAUGUAAACAAAAUGAAGACUUAGCAUGUUAGCUACAUACAAGCUGUCCCCAAGUACAGAGUCCUACCAUACCUCUUAUUUGUAUAAAACCAUCCUUAAACAUCUUCGCAUGGACUUAAAUAUGCUACUAUCUGUACUACUAUCAUCAACCAGACCUGUGAUGCUACCAAAGCCCAUACCAUGUUGCUUCAUGUCUGUUUUCCUUAAAGGGAUAUUCCGGCUAAAAUUAAUUUAGCAUCAAACAUAGAAUAUUUAUGAUCAUUUCUUUAUCAUUUCCUUGAAGUAGUAAUCACCACAUUAAUCAUUCUGAACGCGGUAGUUCCUUUGCCUUAGUGUCUCGGUCUGAUUGCAUUUCCAUGAAGAAAUGAUCAUAAAUGUUCUUCCUUGAGCUGUGUCACCCCACAGCAGUCCAUGAUGGUCUGGCCUGAGUUCUUGCUACAAACAAGAGGAUGCUGGAAGAGAGUAGAUGAGUUGUGUUUAGUCUCUUUGCUGGCAUAUGUACUGUUGAUGAAGUUAGGUGCUGUUCUGAGCAUUAUUUGUGGCUAUAGAGUGGCGUUUUGGUUGAGGUUUGUUUAUGGCUCCUCAGACUUCUGUGUAUUGCUAUCAUGGUGUCGUUACUAAAGUUGGCAUAACUAGAGAAGCAAGUGGUCAGCAACAUUCAUCUCUUGCGGGGGUGUCCAACUUGGUGUUACAGUGUGUUUGACCCUAAAUUAAUUUUAUGCCGGAAUGUCCCUUUAAUUUUGUCAAUGUCCUUUUGACAUCUCAUCGUCUCACCAGGGUCAUGUGUUUAAGUAGAUGAAAUCCUCUGAGGAAUAUCUUAACUGAAAAACGUCUGAUCGCUAAUAUUUUAUACAACUCACUUUGUGGUGCUUUAAAAACAGAUAACUUAUCAUUCCCCUCUAUUGUGUCUUAUCUCUUUUUACCCCUUGGACCCCACGUAAGAGGCUCCCAGGAGCCCACUGUGCCAGCAGUUCUCUCCAGAAUGGACCCUAGACUCCCCGUGGGUCAGAUGUAUGCUGCCUCUUGAAUCACACAGGCACAGAUACUACCUUUAAACUCUGAGGUGAUGCCACAGCACAUGGGUCUGCCCCGGCUGAGCCAUGCACACACACACACACACACACACACACACACACACACACACACACACACACACACACACACACACACACUGCUAAACUUCCAGCAUUUGACUGUAACAACAUCUCUACCCGAAGCCCCAUACCUCCUGUUUCUGCACUGCUGCCACACUCUACCCUGUAUGUCCCCCAGGUUUGUGACUCCCUCCUGCAACACACCCGACCCCACACCUCCACACCUCCACACCCCCACCUUAACUCCAUUUCUUUCUCCCCAGCUCCCAAAGCUCAGGGCAGCAGCAGCCGUGCUGGCAGUGCUGACAUCCUGGACCUCUUCUGUCCCUCCCUGGUCUCUUUGAAGUUGCUUCAGGAGAGAGGUCGGCCUCGCCCUGGAGACCCGCAUAGAGGUAGGGACAGCUGCGGUCAGACAGACUUCUUUGCUGGGGAAACGUAUACACGUGAACAGACACAUACACUCUUACACACACGAGACCGGACAGAGCAGC